CUCAGCUCGGAGAAUCUUCUACAACAUCACGCAAUUUUCCUCGGAGUACAACAAAACCAAAGUAUUCACUCCUAAAUCAUAUACACGGAACAGCUCAACAUAAAUACUCGCUCAUAAAGGUCACCACUUCAUACCGACAUCCUCAUCCAGAAAGCUACUACCACUAGAGGUUGAACGUACAGUCAAAAGUCAGACAACAUGCCGACAGAAGUGACACAAUCUUUGCACUUCCGCACCCUCCUGUCAGGUCACACCUACUUGAUCGCGGACUUCUAUGCAACAUGGUGUCCACCCUGCAAGCAAAUCGCGCCCAUCUACAAUCAGCUCAGCACCACGCACUCUGCGCCUGGCAAAUUCGCAUUCGUCAAAGUUAAUGUCGACGAAGCAAGAGAGAUUUCAGCGCAGUACGGCAUUCAGGCUAUGCCAACAUUUCUGCUAUUCAAGGACGGCAAGCAGAUCGAAGAGAUCAAGGGCGCAGAUCCGAGAAAACUAACCAGCGCGAUUGAGAGCGCAAGCGCAGACUUGAAGAGGAGUGGUGGUGCGGCACCAAAGGCGCAGGAGGAGAAGAAAUCCGUGACAGAGGACAAGCCUGCUGAGAAGAAAGCGAGCAACGAUGAUGGGCUGAGCAUGCUGGAGAGGCUUAUGCAGAAGAACAAGAAGUAGAAAGCGUCCGCGAAGAUCAGAGCUAGAACCUGUUAUUGAUACCCAUUGCAAACGAAUUAUACAUUUCCAUUUAUCUCGAUAUUAUGAUAUGCAUGUAAAGCUGUAUUUGGAUGCAUGGUCGUCCCUCGCAUGUGCCAGCCCGAAACCUUGAACCCUGGACAGAUCGCAACCCAAGAGAGUACAUGAAGGCAGCAUCUUGACUUGCACUCUGAGC